AUGCUCGACGCUGCGCAGUCCGAGGUUCAGAACAACUUUGCCCAGAUCGGCAAGAUCCUCGGCAAGAUCGACACCAAUGUUGUUGAUGUCACCCUCGCGCCGACUUUCGUGCACAUCCCCCUGGCCAGCACCCUGGUCGGGUCCAUCCCCGGCAUGAGCCUGGCGUCGCAGAACUGUGCCCCCAGCGACGCCGGCGCCUUCACCGGCGAGGUUUCCCCCUCCCAGCUCAAGGAGUUUGGCGUGCAGUGGGUGAUCAUCGGCCACAGCGAGCGCCGCACUCUCUUCGCUGAGCCCACCGAGCUUCUCAAGCAGAAGGUCAACGCCGCCCUCAAGGCCGGUCUUGGGGUCAUCCUCUGCAUCGGCGAGGCCCAGGUGGAGGAGGGCCGCCCGGCUUCGGAGUCGGUGGUCAUGCAGCAGGUUCGGGACAUCUUCCUGGCCGCGUCCGACGCGCCGGCCUUCGACCCGUCGCGCAUCGUCAUCGCCUACGAGCCGGUGUGGGCCAUCGGCACCGGGCUGACCGCCACCCCGGACUAUGUGCUGACCAUGCACACGGAGAUCCGCCGGGUGCUGGCCGAGCUUCCGGGGCCGGCGGCCGGCGCCGCCGGCGCCGCUGCCGCUCGCAUCAUCUACGGCGGCUCCGUCACCAAGGCCAACUCCUUUGACCUGGCCAAGAUGUCCGAGGUCAACGGGUUCCUGCUGGGCCGCGCCAGCACCCAGGCCGAGGAGUUCGCCGCCAUCAUCAACCUGGCCAGCCAGGCCAAGGCCGAGGGGAAGUAG